ACUUACUACUUAGACAUAAUUCCGGUAGGUAUACCUACUUGGCGCAUGCAGUCCGCGGACUAUAUAAGCGCGUCGAUCCGGUGCCCGUGAUUUUCUUUCGCCGACAGACUCAAUCACGCAAACUCUUACAAGAUGGACAAGGCCAACAGAGUGUUCGUCUUUUGCGCUGUUGCAGUAGCCAUGAUUUCGAUCAGUGAACUACCAAUUGCAACGGAAGCGUUUUUGGAGCCGUUCGCCAGCCAUUUGAUCGCGAAAAAAAUGAUGCUCAAACAAGGAUUCGCCGCACCCGCCGGCCAAACACAUUACAUUUAUUACGGUGGCCAAUAUCAACACCAGCCUCAGCCGCGGCCAGCACCACCCCAGCCCCAGCCCAGUGUUAGCUACGCCGUCGCUUACGGUCCUCAAACGCCCAGCUACCCCGCGUACGGUCCUCAAACUUCCAGCUACCCUGCGUACGGCCCUCAAACCUCUAGUUACCCGGUAUACGGUCAGCAGACUAACGGGUAUUCGGCGUACGGACAGGCCAGUUUCAGCGGAUACAGCGAACAACCCGCGCCCGUCGUCAAACCAGCAUCGCCACCUUCCGGAUGUCCACCGGCUAGCCAGUCGAGCACACCGGUAGACUACUCCAACUACGCCGUCCACGGUGGACAGGGUUACGGCAGCUACGGCAACAACGGAGGUUAUGGAAAAUAAUGUAGACAGACAGACUACAAUACCAUAAUAUUAAUUAUAGUAAUAGUAAUAAAAAAAUCCACCAAUGUAUUAUUGACUAUGUAAGUUUAAAGAAUUAAAAAUUAAUUUAAUAGUAAAAAAAUGACAAUGUACAAACAA